AUGUCACCGGUGUUUCCCAUGUUAACAGUUCUGAGCAUGUUUUACUAUAUGUGCCUUCGGCGCCGAGCUAGGACAGCGACGAGAGGAGAAAUGAACAGCCGGAGGGCUAUUGAAUCAAACACCCGAGCCUUACCUAUCAAUGUUGAAAUAGUUCAGUAUGCCAAAGAAGUGUUGGAUUUCAGCUCUCACUACGGUAGUGAAAACAGCAUGUCAUAUACCAUGUGGAAUUUAGCAGGUAUUCCAAACGUGUACCCUAGUUCUGGUGACUUUACUCAGACUGCCGUCUUUCGAACUUACGGCACCUGGUGGGAUCGUUGCCCUAGUGCUCGGCUGCCGUUCAAGAGGACGCCACCCACCUUCUGUAGCCAGGACUAUGUGGAACUCGCUUUUGAGGAACCAGUUUAUCCCACUGCAGUGCACAUUCUGGAAACGUAUCAUCCUGGAGCUGUAGUCAGGAUUUUGGCAUGCUCUGCAAAUCCUUACUCACAAAAUCCACCAGCUGAAGUAAGAUGGGAAAUCCUUUGGUCCGAGGCACCUACAAAGGUGAAUGGUCCUCAGGCUCGGCAAUUCACACCUUGUAUCAAACAGAUAAACUUUCCCACAAACUUAAUCCGACUGGAAGUGAACAGCUCUCUUCUGGACUAUUACACUGAAUUGGAUGCAGUAGUACUACACGGUGUGAAAGAGAGACCUGUGCUUUCACUUAAGACUUCCAUGAUUGAUAUGAACGAUAUUGAUGAAGAUGAGGAUGAAGAAAAAUAUGGCUGUGGAAUGGACACCCUUAAUAAACAGUUCAGCAUUGUUACCCUCAGGGAAUGGCCGACAAACGGAUAUUUUGAUAAACUGCCUUAUGAGCUCAUCCAGUUGAUUUUGAGUCACCUUACAGUACCAGACCUGUGUAGACUAGCACAAACUUGUAAGCUACUAUACCAACAUUGCUGUGAUCCUCUACAGUACAUUCAUCUCAGUUUACAACCUUACUGGGCAAGGAUUAAUGACACAUCUCUGGAAUACCUACAGUCUCGCUGCACUCUCAUCCAGUGGCUGAAUUUAUCUUGGACUGGAAACAGGGGAGCCAUCUCUGUUUCUGGAUUUAGCAGGUUCUUGAAAGUUUGUGGCUCUGAACUAGUACGUCUUGAGUUGUCUUGUGGCCAUUUCCUCAAUGAAACAUGCUUGGAGGUCAUUACUGAAACGUGUCCAAAUCUUCAGGAAUUAAAUCUCUCAUCAUGUGAUAAAAUACCACCUCAGGCUUUCAACCACAUAGCCAAAGUGGGCAGCCUCAAGCGUCUCAUUCUCUACCGAACAAAAGUGGAGCAAACAGCCCUGCUCAGCAUUCUGAACUUCUGCUCGGAGCUGCAGCACCUCAGCCUGGGCAGCUGCGUCAUGAUUGAAGACUAUGAUCUUAUAGCAAGCAUGAUGGGAGCAAAAUGUAAAAAGCUUCGCAGUCUGGAUUUGUGGAGAUGUAAAAACAUAACUGAAAGUGGAAUAGCAGAAUUGGCUUCAGGCUGCCAGCUUUUGGAAGAACUUGAUCUUGGCUGGUGCCCUACGUUACAGAGCAGUACAGGCUGUUUCACAAACCUUGCACGUAAACUCCCGAACUUGCAAAAGCUCUUUCUUACGGCCAACAGGUCGGUGUGUGACACAGACAUUGAGGAGCUUGCUGCUAACUGUACGCGUUUACGGCAGCUGGAUAUAUUGGGGACGAGGAUGGUAAGCCCUGCAUCUUUAAGAAAAUUGCUGGAGUCUUGUAAAGAUCUUUCUUUACUCGAUGUGUCCUUCUGUUCGCAGAUUGAUAAUAGAGUUGUCCUAGAACUGAAUGCCAACUUUCCUAAUGUGUUCAUAAAAAAGAGUUUCACCCAGUGACUCACUACAUAUGCUGCUGUGGAAUUAAUUUGACAGAGUUGUUUCCUGUGAAUUUGUGCUGACUUUUUUUAAGAAGAAUAUAAAUCCCCUAUGAAAUAGUGGAAAGUAUUCAUUAUCUACACAAAUGGGUAAAAUACAUUUAAAUAUAUUA